GCUAAACGACGGGCCUCGAUCAGAGGGCUUUGACUUAGUGUAUUUUACCCCCUAUAAAAGGGGUGGCACCCCUCAUUGUAAGGGGACCGAAUUUUGAAUUCAAUAUACUCCCACUUUGCGCACACACACUCUCUCUCUCUAAAACUUUAUAUUAUUUCAUACUCUCGGUGGUUUAUAGCCAUCAAAUUGGUGCUCUCGUUGAGAGGAGAGGAACAUACUCGUAGGUUAACUCCCGAACGCGAGAAUGGUGCAAACAAGGAGCAACGUCCCCACCACCAGCCACGUAGUUGGCGAGGAGAACGCGUCGGGCAGCGGCAACGGCAACGGCACGGGAGGUAUCGGCUCGACUCCAGACGCGGUCCAAGCGCUGUUCGGCUUGGGGGUGACCGCGGAGCAGCUCCAGGCAGCCGUUGCGGCACUUUCCGCUAUGGGUGGGAACGUGCCCGGCGCCGGAGGUGGCAAAGCUCCGCCCGGUCUCCAUGCCGAACACGCUGCCACUUCCCAACACAAGGGGAAGAAGACCCGUAGGAGCAAAAGGAGGCCCGGCAAAGCCCCGGUGUUUGAGGAGGUGAUAGUGGAGGACAUCCCCGAAGGAGAAGACGAUGAGUCCAGCCAGUGCCGGGUGUCGGCCUUCAAGCGCUUAGGAGGUGAAGAGACCCGGGUGUCGGCCUUCGACAGGCUCGACCACGGACCGGGAGGUCACCCGGGCGACCUCCGCCGACAAAUAACCGAAGGUAGGCGGAGACAUGCUGAGGAGUCCACGACCUCGGAUGCACGCUCGGCCAGGCCCGAGCGGAGCGGAGAAAGACGGGACGAGCGCACCCAGCGUCGCCAUAGUCCAACAAGAACUGAGAAGACAAGGGCCUCUGACCAAGGGGUAUCUCGGCUCGCUCGUGAGAUUGCCGAGCUCAAGCGCCGAGUGGAGACCAGGGCUCCCUACAGCCAGCCCAUCUUGCGGAUGGUAACCCCUUUCACUCCGAGGGUUAUGUCGGUUCCGCUUCCGGCAAACUUCCGGCCGUGGCAGAUCAAGGCCUACAACGGAACGACGGACCCCCAAGAUCAUUUGUCUAAGUUCUAUGCUUCUAUGGAAGCGGCGGCAGCCCCGGACGAGGUCAAGUGCCGAUGCUUUCUCGCGACGCUAGAGGGCUCCACGUGCGAUUGGUUCAACCGGCUCCCGAAGGGAACUAUUGACGACUGGGAUACGCUAGCGGAGAAGUUCUUGACGCACUUCGCAGCCAACCGGAGGCAGAGGCUACCUUACUCCCACCUGCUCAACAUUUGCAUCCGCAAAGGAGAGAAGGUCCAUGACUUCAUAACCCGGUGGGAGAAGGAAGCCAGAGACGUGCACGGGGCGGAUGAUCAAGCGUUGGUGGCCAUGUUCCAAGCAGCCCUUUCCCGCGGUGAGGUGAGGAAGGAGCUCCGCAAGAAUCCUCCCCCCACGUACCAGGAAACCUUGGCGCGCGCUAAGUUCUUGGCCUCAGAGGAAUUCGAUGAUGCCCCUGACUCCGAGGCCGCGCCGGCCAAGCGAGCUCCCGCAGAUGCAGAGGAGAUAGCGAAGAAGAGGAAGAAGAAGAAAGACCACACUGUGGGCCCGAGGACGCCCUCGGCGGGUGUGUACUCCGCGGGUGCGCCUGCGGGGACGGGUCGAGAGCUGGUCCUCUCCCCGCUCCCGCACGUAGAGACCUAUGCGGUGUCCGGCGGCGCCAAGUACUGCGAGUAUCACCGCAACAACACUCACAACACUAAGGAAUGCUUCACUCUUCAGAAGGAGAUGCAGCGACUCAUCGCCCGAGGGCCGGCUCAGCAAGACGAUGGAGCAACCCCUUCCCGGGGCCCACCAGAAGGAAGAACAUGGAGGAAGCCGACCGAGCCGGUCGCGGUGGCCACGCAAGCGAGGAACCCCGAGAAGAGGCACAUUGGGCGAGAGUGUGAUGAUCUAGACGAGGACGAAGCCCAAGGAUAUCCGGUGGGGUUCAUCCAUGGAGGAAAUAUCGGCGGGGACUCUGCUGCUCAAAGAAAGAGGUGGAAGCACGUGGCCUUCGUCGCCAAGGUCCAACAGGCGCCGACGCCCAAGCUCGGAAGACGAGAGCAAAUCCAAUUCACAGAGAAGGAUCUUCCGGACACGUCGAGCCCCCACCAGGACGCCUUAGUCGUGAGGAUGGAGAUCAACAACGCCAUAGUGCACCGCACCUUGGUGGACACGGGAAGCUCGGUCAACAUAAUGUAUGAGAAGACCUUUCAAGACCUCGGCUUGGACCGCAAAGAUUUAAGGCCCGUGCGCACUCCUCUCUCCGGGUUCACGGGGGACUCCAUCGAGACCGAGGGAGUUGUCACCGUGCCCGUGAUAGUAGGGGAUGGUGCGCACAAGGCCAGGUUGAAGAUGGAGUUCAUGGUUGUGAGCAUCAGCUGCGCGCACAACAUGAUCCUAGGACGGCCCGACCUUGAGGACUUGGAAUGUGUAAUCUCCCCAUACUACUUGUGCAUGAAGUUCCCCACUCCUUCGGGAAUCGGGGUGGCGAGGGGAGACCAAAAGUUAGCUCGGUCAUGCUAUGUCCGAAUCACAAAGAAGUUGCCAAGGGAUGAGACAUUGGUCGUGCACGCACAAGAAGAAAUGCGGAAGCUGGAAGCACGGCCGAAGGCCGAGCCCGCUGAGGAGGUCGAGGAAGUGCCGCUCGACCCUCGAGCACCCGAGCGGAAGGUGAAGGUCGGGGCGAGCCUGACCGGGAGCCAGCGGAAGCGCUUAGUGGACGUGCUCUCCGCCUACCGCGUGAUCUUUGCAUGGGGACCCGGGGAUAUGCCGGGGGUAGACCCCAAGGGCUGACAUCAGCGUAAAUUUCCAAAUGCCCGCCAAACUUCCUGCCCGGCUCUGCGCUCCGCUCGUCAUUCCUGCCCGGCUCUGCGCUCUGCUCGUCCUCCCUGCUCGGCCGACCAAGCCG